AUGGAUAUUGAUCCCUUGUGGGCUCUUGGGGGGUGGAUUUUUCUUUCAAAUUGCAUGGCACAACCAAAAACUUCUUCACAUCUUUUCUCAAAGUCACCAACUUUGUUUCACUUCCUCACACUUUUCUUCAUCCUUCUCCUCAUCAUCAAUUUAUCACACCAACCAACAUCCACCAUGGUCUCUACCAAAUCAACCAUGUCUACAACAAACUUGCACCCUCCUCACAAAACAAAAAACUCUCAAAAGGAUCAAAAAGCUGCAAGAGAUCAAUUUGGAAGUGAUGCUCAUGAAGUUCCAAGUGGUCCAAACCCUAUAUCAAACCGGUAA